AUGGGUGACUUCCGUGGGUUUAUCCACGGGCUCAUUAGCUCGGCACGUCAGAUUCUCCACAAUGAGCUACUAUUUAGCGAAAAUGGGUCAGUUCCAACUAUUCCAUGGCAGGCAAUUUACGACGAUCCCACGGAGACAGCCCACGGGUGGAAUUUUUUGAAAGACACCCGUACGCCAUGGCCCGUCGAGGGAGAGCAAUGGCUGAUCGGCCGGUUCCGGCAGCACGGCAGCCCCGUACGGCAGCGAUUCAUCGAGAGUAGUGCCGGUCGUCUACGUAUGGCAGCAAUUAACGUAUACCUCCAACGGGUAGCGUAUUUCCGUGAGAAGCUUGCCAUUGCUAUUCACGCGGCCCAUUCAUCGCACGUUGCCGGCAUGAUCUACGGUCGUGGUAUCACCGAGCAGCCU